AUGUCGAAAGCGUUUUUGAAAGCAAAGGAGAAGUACGACGCCGUAAUCAACGACGCCGGGAGAGGUGACUGGUACUGCCGCACUAACCGCUACGGUGCCACCAAGCAUCCAAAAGGGUGCCACGAGGUCAACAAGGUCGAACGAGUACCAACCCGCAGGGCCAGUUCGGCUAGUGCUGGGAGUGCAUCAAGCUCCGGAAGCAAGGGGACCGGGCAGCAGGCCACGAUUAAGGAGUGGAGCAGGCUCAAGCAGUGGAUGAACAGACCUGCUGUGUAG